UCUUCACAGCACGGAAGUUAUAUACACACACCCACCAUUGGUUUAAUAACGCGCAGCUCACAGUCCUAACAUGACGAGCUAAUGUUAAAAAAAUUGUUCGUUCAAGUCUUUAUCCUGUAGUUUCACAGCAGCCGACAGCAACAUGGUGAACCUCGGUCUCACCAGAGUGGACGACGCGCUGGCCGCAAAACACCCGGGUCUGGAGACUUACGCCGCCUGUCAGUCUUACGCCUUCAUGAAGGGGACCGGAAGCUUUGUACUUGGUGCUGCUGGUUUAUUAGCCGUACAGGGGGCUUUACAGAGGAAGCUUCCUUACCCUCGUCACUGGAGCCUGCUCAUUUCAGUAGUGGUGUCUUCCGUGGGCAGUUACGCAGUGACUCGCUGGGAAACGCAGAAAUGUUCGGACCUCUGGCUGCUGAUAGAAACUGGAGAAAUCCCGGACAGAUCGCCACCACAGCUGGCUAAACCAGAAGAGUCCAAUGGACCUGGGAAGACAAAAUAUGGCGAUGUAAUGGAUUGAAUAUGAUCAUGAAUAAACAUAUUUAUAGUGUAUAUAACUACACCUUCCUGGUGAUGUCCAGAUAAGCUGUUUAUUUACCAUCGAGAGACUGUUGUAUUUCAUUGCACUUAAAAACCACAUGAAGUUAGUGAUGUUGUUUUUUAGUUUGUGGAGCUUUUGAAUUCUAACGUGGGGAUACACAGAUGAGUUUGCUGAAUCAGAUGUCAGGAAUUAUUAUUCAAAUUUUUAAAAAAAGACGAUGAAUCAGAUGUUAAGCUUAUGAUCCGGUGUUAUUAUUAUUAUUCGGACAUGUUUGUUUGACAUGCAACAGAAUUAACGUGGCAGUUCCAAAACCAGACAUUAGUUGUCACUGUACACCUCGUGUGAUUUACAAACCCUUGUGGGUCAACAAACCCAGUAAAUGACCCGCUUGUGUCUAUAAGUGAAUGGUUUAAAUCACACAGUGACAUAUUUCAUUUUUAAUAUAGGGGGGAAAUAAUGGUGAAAUGAAUCCUCUAUAUUUUUGAAUAAAUAAAUAUCCUUGGCUAUUAAAUAAAAAUCCAAUAAAUUGUCAUCCACAUGAUUACAUGAUUUCAGCCAUUGUUUUCAAUUCAGUGGUGUUGUAAUGAACCCUGUAAUAUCUCAUAAUGAAUAAAAGUUCAUCAUUUGUGGAUUCGUUACAAAUUCA